AUGGAGAAGACAGUCAAUAAACAAACUGAAAACUCCAUGAGGACUAUGACGUUGAUGCUGUUAUUCACAAUUUUAUCACCAGCAGCAGUCCAUUGUUUAUCAUUAACCAUGACACAAGAAAAUAGCACUGAAGUGACUGAGUUCUUUCUUCUAGGAUUUGGUGCACAACAUGAGUUUCGGUAUGCUCUCUUCGUUGUAUUUCUGGUCAUCUAUGUGACCUCUAUGGUGGGUAAUAUCGGAAUGAUUCUGCUCAUCAAGACAGAUUCCAGACUUCGAACACCCAUGUACUUCUUCCUACAACAUUUGGCUUUUGUUGAUAUCUGCUAUACCUCUGCUAUCACUCCCAAGAUGCUGCAGAACUUCAUAGUAGGAAAUAUAUCAAUAUCAUUCAGGGGCUGUGUUAUGCAAUUACUGGUUUACGCAACAUUCGCAACCAGUGACUGUUACCUCCUGGCGGCUAUGGCAGUGGACCGUUAUGUGGCCAUCUGUAACCCACUUCACUAUCCCAUUGUCAUGUCCCGAAGAGUCUGCAUCCAUUUGGUAGCUGGCUCAUACGUCAUGGGCUCCAUAAAUGCUUCUGUGCACACAGGUUUUACAUUUUCAUUGUCUUUCUGCAAGUCCAAUGCCAUCAAUCACUUUUUUUGUGAUGUUCCACCAAUCCUCUCCCUUUCAUGCUCCAACACUGACAUCAACAUUAGGCUACUUGCUGUCUUUGUGGGAUUUAACUUGAUGUCCACUGUGCUGGUUGUCAUCUUUUCCUACAUCUCUAUCAUGGUUGCCAUCCUAAAGAUGUCUUCUACCACCGGGAGGAAAAAAGCCUUCUCCACGUGUGCCUCCCACCUGACAACAGUCACCAUUUUCUAUGGGACCCUAUCAUACAUGUACCUACAGCCUCAUUCUAGCAAUUUCCAGGAGAAUAUGAAAGUGGCUUCUGUAUGUUAUGGCAUUAUGAUUCCCAUGUUGAACCCCCUGAUCUAUAGUUUGAGGAAUAAGGAAGUAAAGGAAGCUCUAAAAGUGAUGGGGGAAAAGAUCCUCUAGAUUGGACCCCAAUUCAGCACAUCAAGGCAUCCA